UGUUAGGAUCACAAGAGCCGGAGAGAGCGUGCACAGUCUCUCGUCUCGCUCCGUCGCAUUUUAUACACGUGUACAUGAAUUUUGCUCCGAAGUAAGUCUUGGAUCGCCGAUGUCGAUGAACAGCGAGGCGGUGACCGUGACUUAUCGGGGGCAGGAUCGGGCUGGUUUAGCGGGAGACACGACUGACUCUGGGGUCGGUCUCAGAGACGCCGUUUCGAGUUCUAUCCUCUCACUUUCCGACUCACGACAACAUCAGCCUAAGGCUUCACAAAGUGUCGAGAUGGAACACACUGGGAGUGAGAUGAACUACACUGCAGCACAGGAUUCCAGUUUUUACAAACAUGCAAAACAUGACAAUGAGAAACCUUACAUGUGUGGUGAGUGUGGGUACAGGGCAGCUUACAAGUCUAACUUAUCCCAACAUAUGAGAACCCACACAGGAGAAAAACCAUACAAGUCACGGAAAGACACUUUGAACAAACACCAUCUAGCGAUGCACACCGCUGAGAAACCCUACAUGUGUGGGGAAUGUGGGUUCAGAGCACCCAACGCUUUACAGAGUGUCGAGAUGGAACACGUUGGGAACGAGAUCAGCUACACUGCAGUACAGGAUUCCAGUUUUUGCAAACGUCCAAAACACACCGCAGAGAAAUCCAAUUUGGACCAGCAUCUAACAAAGCACACUGGUGAGAAACCCUACAAGUGUGACCAGUGUGAUUACUCUGCAGCAAAGAAGUCCCAUUUGGACCAACACCUACAAAGAAGUCCCAUUUGGACCAACACCUAG